AUGGAUCGUACCAGCGGGGGAAAUUCCUCCAACACAUCCGCGAGAUACAAGGGCAAGUCUGUUGUAGAUAAUAGUCUAAGUAUAUUGUCGCGAAACAUGCCGAUUGGCAACCCCGAGAAGGCCCUCCGCUCCAUUCCGCCCUACCUUUCGCGAGUAGUCGAACAAGCGUACGAGAAGACAGAACUACUCUCUACAGCCGAAGACCAAGAAGAAUUCUUGGGCAAUUGCCUGAAGAAUAUUAUCGAUUUAGAAGAGGAAGCAAAACAAUCUAGGUCUUCAAUUGAAGCCUCUCUUCGACGACAUUCGACCAAUGUAACGCGCCCCGACCGACCGACCAACCGACUUGAGGCUACGGCCAAACACCCAAAUUUGCACCUGAAUCCACGUCUAGGCACUUCCGAAAUCAACCUGUUCGUCAACAUUGGCUACCAGCACUUGGAACGACGAAUUUGGUACUUUUUGACUCAGAAUACCUUCGGCUGGGCGGAUAGCGAGAUUCUUCCUGAGAUAAGCAUCGGACGGCGAAACUACCGAGGAGAGUGGUAUGCGAUCGGCCGCCAAGACACGUACGGAGGGGCUACGGAAGACGUCUAUGUUAUCAUGGCCACCGACAACAACGUCCGCAUUGUGCGUUGCGCCUAUAACCGACUUAUGAACCACAAGAACAAGCUUAUUCGUGCUUUGAAUAAAGGAGACUCGCCGAUUCUAGACUAUAGGCGUGGCCAGAAGGCUUAG